AAGGUUCGAGGCUGCAGGUUGCGCGUAACUAUGGUGUGCGUGCGUGAUUGUGUGAAUAUAUCUUUCUCGCAACUUCGACCACUUCACAACUCAUAACAAUGACUCAGACCCGCACUUGAACAGUCACCGCUGCAGCAACUUCACAAUUGCUGCCGACUCUGUUCAACCAACACCAACAUCAAUCACCCGUUUCAGCUGCCAUGGCGCCGCCGAAACCAAGCAAGAAAGCAGCUGCUGUCACCACGACCGCGCCCCCAGUCAAAGAAGCUCCAAUUGACUAUGAAGAGAUGCAAGAAAAUGAACUCAGCGUCCUUUCCUCCAUUUUUGGAGAUGACUUUCAAGACGUUGUGACACAAGGAGCAUGGCAGAAGACGACGGAUCGCAGUUUCAGACUGACGGUGCGGUCGGCCGAUCGCGAGCUCUUUGUCGUGCUGUCCGUUCGCUUCACCGCGACGUAUCCAAAGUCGCCGCCGAUCAUAGAAGUCAUCCGCGGUCUCGACGAACUACAUGCAAGAACUGUCACUCGCAUCAGAAACAUCCUGGAUAAGACGCCCGCGCAACUGCUCGGCGACUCCAUGAUUUGGUCCAUCGCUGAUGACAUCAAAGACGCCCUUGAGGACGCCUCACAAGCGCGGAAGCAGAACACUCUUCCUAGCCUCGACGAGGAGCGCGUCAACGCAGAAGAAGUGGCUGCGCAACUUGCCAAGCAAGCUGCCGAAGCAGAUGCACUCAUGCAGUCCAAGAUCGAAGCAGAAGAGCGACGCGAGUUGGACCGGCAGGUGAAGGAGGAGGCCCUGCGACUGGAAAAGAGGACGUUGCGCAAUUCCAUCACUCAGCCACAAGAGCCCCCACCUCCCACACCAGAAAUCCUGUCCUUUGGCCACACUGCUCGAGUUCGAGUUCAGGGCACAUUGCGAGACUUCACUCAAGUUUUCAUCUCCGGAUCACUCACCCACAGCUUGAGUAAAGAGAUCGUCUUGCUGGGCAGACCACUUGCAACGGUUCCUGGAGGCGACGUGCCUGUCGUUACAGUGACGCGCAGAAAAGUCAAGAAGCCAAAAUCUGUUGCUUGGCAACUCGAACAGCUUAUGGUCGACAUCACACAGUUGAACCAUACUAACCUGCUCAAUGUCCUAGCAUCACGCGUCACCAUCACCAACGAAGCAGAGUUCGAAUUUUUGAUGUGUUGCGAGUACGCUGAGCGAGGGCCUAUGUAUGACUUAUUGUCUGUCUGUGAUCGUCUUCCGCAAGCAAAAGCUCAACAGUUCACCCGAGAGUUGCUGGAGGGCCUUGAAUAUCUUCAUGGAAACGGCGUCCUACACGGUUACCUCAACCUUCGGAGCAUCUACAUUACCAGUGGCCCGAACCCGUCCCCGAAGCUUGCAUGCUUCGGGUAUCUGGGAUUGAUUGGCGUGGAGGAUGAUACCCUACCAAACAAAUGGCGAGCACCUGCAGAAAUUCUCAAGAGCAAAGCCGCUGACAUCUGGCAACUUGGAGCAGUUGUCGCUCAGAUGUUCUUUGGCAUCGCCACACCGGACGAAUAUGAUUCCCCAAAGCUCUUGCGCGCGAGACCGGACAUUUCUGACGCAAUGCUAGUGUUCCUGGACAAAGUCUUCGCAGCGAAGAAGAGUGGCAAUUGUUUCGACCUACUCAGAACGGAGUUGCUGCGUACUGAUGAACCGGUGUUGCGGACAAACCUUGGGUCGCGAGUGGAGAACCAGUCGACGACUCCGCGUCCUCGUUCCAGACACAAUUCGUCAAACAUUCCGGAACCAACAGGCUCUUCGCACUAUCAAAAAGCCUUUCGCGAGAUUCGCCAAUUGGGUAAGGGUGGCUUUGGCGUAGUCGCAGAAGUCGUGGCCAAGACUGAUGGCAGUCGCUACGCAGUAAAGAAAAUCCAAGUGCGAGGUUCCCAAUUGGACGACGCUCUUCGCGAGACGAGUUUGAUUUCCAGACUCAAUCACCCGUACGUUGUUCAAUACAAGACUUCCUGGGUAGGAGAAGGCGAGAAGUCCAGCGCAGUGGAUGACUCGGAGUCGAACUCGGGCUCCUAUUCCGAAGACGAGGGCGAGAGUGAGGCUGGCAUCCUACACUCUCCAAGUUACGCCGCUGCCGGGCUUGAUUUCAUUAGCAAUGAUCAUGCCCAUCUCGAUUCUCCCGACGAAUACGAAGCCGACCAAGACGACGAAGACGACUCAUUCGACCCUUUCGACCGUGAUGGCACAUACGAGAAUGGCACGGAAGAGGAAGAGACUGGAAUCUGCGAGGAUUCAGAGAGCACAUCAGAGAGUAGCAAGACGGCACCGAGAAAGUGGCUCCCAAGCUCGAGCCGUCCUGCCCGAACCCUAUACAUCCAGAUGGAGCUGUGCAACCAGCAAACACUGGGCUCCCUCAUUGAGGGAGGGAUAUCAGAGGACCACUCAUGGAGGCUGAUUCGACAAAUCACCGACGGUCUGGCCGCUAUUCAUGUCGUCGGCAUCAUACAUCGCGACUUGAAACCGCAGAACAUCUUCAUUGAUGCCAGCGGUAACCCCAAAAUUGGCGACUUUGGUCUGGCAACGAUCACAGACUUCCAGGACCCUGACGAUGCGACUGAGUCAUCCUCCACCAACAAAUCCAUCGGCACUGCAUUGUACAUGGCACCGGAGUUGCGCACUGGAAGCACUGUACAGCAAAGCAGCAAAGUCGACAUGUACUCACUGGGCAUCAUAUUCUUUGAGAUGUGUAACAAGUUUGGCACCAAAAUGGAGCGCAUUACCGAGUUACAGCAGGUACGACAGAAGGAUCACGCCCUGCCAGAUAUCUUCCUGCCGGACAGUGAGAAGGCAAAGCAAGGUAACAUCAUCAAGCGCCUGAUUUCGCAUACGCCCAGUGAGCGGCCCAGCAGUGCAGACCUACUGCAGGAGUUACCUGUUCAGAUUGAAGCUGAGGCUACACGGAAAGUCCUGAGCGAAAUGAAGGAUCGUGACUCAGCAAUCUAUCGACAGAUGAUGACCGAUCUGUUCUCUCACAGUGGCAGUGGUGCUCGACACGCCGCCAAAGGAUCCCUUUGGGACACACGAGCAGCCAAGAUGCCCGAGAAGGCAGUCAACAUACGCCUCCGAAAUAUUGUUCGUGGCACGCUGGAGACAAUUUUCCGCAGACAUGGAGCAGAGGAGAUUCGACGCGACUUUAUCUUCCCAUCUGCCGUCAAGAAGCACUAUCCGACAAAACCGAACGUGAUGCAGCUGAUGGAUGCCUCAGGAAAUCUGCUGCAGCUUCCUUACGACCUCAUUCUUCCAUACGCUCGUCAGCUCGCUCGUCAAAAGGCAGCGACUAGGUGCACUUUCACUUUCAGCGGUGCCUAUCGCAACAUGGCAGGUCCACCAAAGGCUAGUGUGGAGGCCGACUUCGACAUCGUCAACAACAAAGAUGAUGAUGACGACACAGCACUCAACGAUGCAGAAGCGAUAAAGGUCGUAGAUGAGGCACUGACCGAGCUUCCCCAAUUUGUGGCGCAAAAGGCCGUAUUCUAUCUCAGUCAUGGGGUUCUGAUCGAUGCCAUCCUGGAUGCAUGUCGAGUGCCUCUGGAAAAGCAAUUCCCUGUCAAAAUGGCUCUCGAACGAGUGGGAUAUCAAAGCAGCACGAAAGAAAUCUCUUCUUGGUCCAACGUUGACACUGACCUCCGUAACAUGAAGCUCAUGGGUACAACAGUGGACGCUCUGAAAGAGUAUGACUUCAGCUUGUCUCCCGCCAAGGCGUUCGAAAAGCUUUCGAAUCUCAUGAGCGAUGCCAAGCCUCAAGUGAAGACCAGAUGCGAUACCGCCAUUGACGAGCUGCGCCAUAUCGUCCAGUGCACCAAGCUAUUCAAGAUCGAGCGAAAGUUGGUCAUUUCCCCAUUGUCCUGCCACAACGCGAAGUUCUAUGCAACUGGUUUGAUCUUCACUGCGGCCGUGUCAAACAAGAACGACAAGAUUCCAUUGGCUUCUGGAGGGCGCUACGACAGUCUGAUCGAGCAGCAGAAUAAGCCUGAUCCGAACCUGAAGCAAGGAGCUGUCGGCUUUCAGAUUGGUGUCGAUCCCAUCGUCAGACUCCUCAUCAGCUCAGGGGUAGGAAAGAAAUCCGACAAUCUGAAGGAUACCAACCAAGUUCAGCCACUCGCAAAGCGUUGCGAGGUUCUUCUGGUUACCAAUGGUACCGAAAAAGUCCGCGAUGUCGCCCUUGGACUCCUCACAAACCUAUGGGCAGCCGACAUCAAAGCCGAGCUGUCCCGCGAACACAACUCGUAUGAGUCCCAGGAGUACUCGCUGAUUGCUCACCUCCGUCAUGAGACGGCUACCACAGUCGCCUUGACCAACCCUGAAACGGGUCACGGAGCCGAAGUUCCUGCUGGAUCCGUGGUCAACCACAUCCAGCAGGAACUUCGGGACAUGGUGAGCAGCAGGACGAGAAUCCCUCUCCUGAGGGCCAGCUCGAGCCACUGGGGCGGAGACGAUCAAAAGGCGGACAAUGUCGAGGUGCUGCGGUUGGAGCGUGGCGGCAAGAAAGCCAACCGCGACGACAUUGUCCAUGCCGUCCGUCACGCCUGGGAGGAGAAGCUGGACGAGCUCAAGGGGGGCCCGAUCCUGGCCAUUGAGGCCCGGGAUCCGGUCCUCGAGCUCGUCGCGGCAACCAAGCUCAGCGACGCUGAGACGUGGCGCCAGGCCACCCAAAAUGCUGGUCUCAACGAACGCUCGUUGAUGAGGGCGUUGCAGGAGAAGCUCUUCGCUCUUCGAGAGCAGGGUGCGCGCCACAUUGGUGUGCACUCCUGGCUCUCGAAGGAGGGCAUCCUGUACGACCUGACCGCAUAGGGUGGCUUGGUAGCCUGGGUAGAUAGAUUGAAAGUAUGACAGAAUGAAUGAAUGAGAGAAUGAAUGAGAGAAUGAAUGAAAGAAUGAAUUUGU